GACUGUUCUGCGCAUGUGCAGAAGAGCUCGUACUCUCAUUCCGUUUGAAACAUGGCAGAGCUCCACAGACGUCGGACGCCGGAGCUCGGCGACAGAACGGUGCCGCUUGAGGAAGCAUCAGACAGAGCCACAGGAGCCUCAUCCGGGGACGGCUCCACGGUUCAUCUCAAGCUGCUGGCAGCGGCGUUUUACGGAGUCAGCUCCUUCCUCAUCGUUGUGGUCAACAAGAGCGUCCUCACCAGCUACAGAUUUCCAUCGUCAACAUGUGUUGGAAUCGGCCAAAUGUUGGCUACCAUUGUAGUUCUGAGGACUGGGAAGAUGUUGGGUGUAAUCUCAUUUCCAGAUUUGGAUUUGAGUAUUCCACGCAAGAUGUUUCCACUGCCUCUUCUCUAUGUCGGGAAUCAAAUAACAGGGUUGUUUGGGACACAGCGACUCAAUUUGCCCAUGUUCACUGUUUUGAGGAGGUUCAGCAUUUGUCUCACGAUGGUGUUUGAGGGACUCUUGCUGAAGAAGACUUUCUCCACGUCGAUUAAGUUCACAGUGUUUACCAUGAUCUUUGGUGCUUUUGUUGCUGCCAGCGCUGAUUUAGCCUUCGACCUUGAAGGAUACGUCUGCAUAAUGAUGAACAAUGUCCUGACGGCGGCCAGUGGGGCGUAUGUGAAGCAGAAACUUGACUCCAAGGAGCUGGGCAAAUACGGGCUUCUCUACUACAAUGCUUUAAUCAUGAUAAUCCCCACUACGGCAUACGCUUACUACUCAGGGGACUUGGAAGUGGGGUUGGAGUAUAAUGGAUGGUCCGAUCGGCUGUUUGUGGUGCAGUUUGUGCUCUCCUGUGUCAUGGGCUUUAUUUUAAUGUACUCCAUCAUGCUGUGCACGCAGUACAACUCAGCCCUCACCACCUCCAUCGUUGGCUGUAUUAAGAAUAUCCUUGUGACCUACAUUGGAAUGGUGUUUGGAGGAGACUACAUAUUCAGCUGGACUAACUUUAUAGGUCUAAACAUCAGCAUUGCAGGCAGCCUGGUGUACUCCUACAUCACCUUCACACAGGAGCACACAAAAAAGACGUAAACCACGGAAUCCCGACCCGACAGCGAAGAUCUGUGAACGUCCACAACACAUCUCAUGUUGACUGUCUAUUUUUCAAAGCUGUCAUAAUGUUUUACAAACAUUUAUUGUGUUUUGUCAGCAAAUGUUUUUGCUGCCAUCAAGCAAAGUUAUAUUUUACAUUUUUUAUAUCUUUAAUUACGACAAAGUGCCUUAAUUUUUUUAUAAUGAUAUUUCACUGAUUUAAUACAAAGGCAUAAGCAUUUUAUAUUUUACAAAACAGAAUUAAAAGAAAGAUCAUAAUUUUUUGUAAUUCUAUUUUAAUACAAUACUCAAUUAUUGAUCACCCUAAUCAUUCCAAUUUCUCCUCAUUGGCUUUUAAUUUAUAAUUUCAGAGAAUAAAAACACAUUCCUACAGCAGACUCAAGGUUUAGCUGAAAGUGGUUAUCUUCCUAACUUAAAGCCUUCUUUGCUGGGACAAAACAAUGUUGAAAAUAAACCCAUAUUGACAUCUUAGAAGCGUAAACAUUUGAACUUCAUUACAGAUUUUUGCACCCAAUGAUUUCGUCCCGUAUUACUUAGUGUAGUCACAUUAGGAAGUGUUUUUUGAUCAAGGCCACUACAUCUUUUAACAUAUAUGUGGCAUUUGAGUAUUGGAUUUUUAAAAAAAAAAAAGGAAUAAAAGAAAAUGUUACCCUAUCUGU